UCAUUACCAUCGUUGAUUGAUGCGCAAUAGCUCGGCAGGCUUUUAUCUUGCAAUCGGUACUUUUGCCACGACAAUUGGCCAAGAUCAGUAUAAUUAUGUCCCAGGAAGGGAAGGAUGUGGACGUGAACAAGGCCUUUGAGGACCUGCUGUUUGCGGAGGAAAUCGCGCAGAAGUCGGCCUACGAGGAGGGCUAUAAGAGCGGCAAGGAGCAGCUGCUGAAGGGAUACCACCUUGGCUAUCACAGGGCCAGCACCAUCGCCGCGCAAUUGGGAUACUACAGCGGAGUGCUGGAGCACUAUUUGCAGAGCGACGACGCCAAGUGCGAGAAGGCGCUGGCAAUAGCCUGGAAGCUGUUGCAGGACAUUCGCGGCACGCUUCCCGAGCACCAGGACGACAGUCUGGACAUUCUCAAAGCCGUGGAGGACAUCAAGUUCAAGUACGCCAAGUUCUGCUCGCUAGCCAAGAUCAGUCCACUUUAUCCGGAGACGGAUAAACUUGAAUUCUAAUGCGACGACAAUGACGGAGUA